GUACUGGUAACAGAAACGCCAAGCGUCUUUCAGAUCUACAAGAAUGACUAAGCAUAUUUAUCGAGAAAACGCAAAAGACAGAAGGAUUUGGGCAUUUUCGAGACUAUUUUGUUCUCGGCCCUGAAAAACUAUCAAGUUGAAAAUAACCAUGGAUGGAAAGAGAUCGAUUAAGAUGGAUCCACUGUCGCCUGGCCCAUGUCUAGACAUUAGUGACGAUGAGCUUGUUACAAUAUCAGUGCGAGAUUUAAACAGACAGUUGAAAUUGCGAGGACUGUCCAGAGAGGAAAUUGUACGUAUGAAACAGAGAAGGCGCACGCUGAAGAACAGAGGCUAUGCAGCCAGUUGUCGCAUAAAACGUAUCGAGCAAAAGGAUGAAUUGGAGUCUGAGAAAACUCAAGAGUAUCGCGAUAUGGAAACUAUGCAGGAGGACAACAAUCGUAUGAGGGAAGAGAUAGAUUCCUGGCAUUCAAAGUACCAAGCACUCAAAAAGUUUGCUCAAGAAAAGAAAAUUAUUAUCCUAAUAUUAUAG